UCAGAACAUGAAUAAUCUUUCAUUUAGUGAGCUAUGUUGCCUCUUCUGCUGUCCACCUUGUCCAGGGAAAAUUGCUUCAAAAUUAGCUUUUUUGCCACCUGAUCCAACCUACACACUGAUGUGUGAUGAAAGUGGAAGCCGUUGGACUUUGCAUCUAUCAGAACGAGCAGACUGGCAGUACUCUUCCAGAGAAAAAGAUGCGAUUGAGUGUUUCAUGACUAGAACCAGUAAAGGCAACAGAAUUGCCUGUAUGUUUGUGCGUUGUUCACCCAAUGCCAAAUACACUUUACUCUUCUCACAUGGAAACGCUGUUGAUCUUGGUCAGAUGAGCAGCUUUUACAUAGGACUAGGAUCACGGAUUAAUUGUAAUAUAUUCUCUUAUGAUUAUUCUGGAUAUGGUGCAAGUUCUGGAAAACCAACAGAGAAGAACCUCUAUGCAGACAUUGAAGCUGCAUGGCUUGCUCUUAGAACAAGAUAUGGCAUUCGCCCUGAAAAUGUGAUUAUAUAUGGCCAGAGUAUAGGGACAGUACCAUCUGUGGAUCUUGCUGCUCGGUAUGAGAGUGCUGCUGUUAUUCUUCAUUCUCCUCUGACCUCGGGAAUGCGUGUUGCUUUUCCUGAUACCAAGAAGACCUACUGUUUUGAUGCAUUUCCAAACAUUGACAAAAUCUCUAAGAUAACCUCUCCAGUAUUAAUAAUUCAUGGGACUGAUGAUGAAGUCAUUGACUUUUCACAUGGCCUCGCAUUGUUUGAGCGGUGCCAAAGGCCCGUGGAGCCUCUAUGGGUUGAAGGAGCAGGUCACAAUGAUGUGGAACUUUAUGGGCAGUACCUCGAAAGGUUGAAACAGUUUGUGUCACAGGAACUGGUAAAUUUGUAAGAUGUUCUGUAAAUUUGCAUACUGGAUUUUCUUUUCUUGCUGAACUGCACUCUUUGGUAAAUAACAUAAAACCUGAAGGUUUGUUUGCAAAUCAUGUCAGUUGCCUUCAUAAAUGUACAGGUAAUGAUUUGUUAACAGACUUAAUGAAGGUUUUAAUUACCAGAACUAGAAACUGGAAAUAACAGUAUAAGGCAGUCAGGCUGUGUAAUUUAUAUUUUUUCUGUGAAUUAUUUUUAAACACCAAAAUAAGUACUGUAUGAAAUUUUAAUUCUAUAAAAUCAAAUGCUGUAAAAGUAUUGCCAAAUGCUUUUGCAUAUUAGAAACAAAUUUAUAAAUAUUUUUAAAACAUCUCAAUGUACUAAAUCCUAUCCUGCUAUACAAAUGUAAUAUUCUUUUGGGGGGGGGAACCUGUAUAUCUAUAGCAAUUUAAGUACUCAUGAUAGAAUAAACUGUAAAAAAGUAAAAAAAUAAACAUGCAAGUUCACUAGAGUUAACCUACACCCUGUUGUACAGGGAUAGGGGUUUAAGUGGUUAGUUUAUUGUAAAAUACAUUGAAUUUUCUGUAUCCUCUUAUUGUCAUAUACUUAUCCUUAAAAAUGAUGUAAAUCUUAAUUUUUAUGCCAUCUGUUAAUUUACCAAUUACUGACCUUGUAAAUGCGAAGCUACGAUAGCACUGAAUUUUGACUAGUUUUGAUUUAUGAGUUUGGUACGUGAGACAAUAACUUAAAAUUUUCAUUUUGGUUAUUUAAAAAACAUUUAGAGCUUCGAGGAUGAUUUUGUAUGCAAUGUUUUAAAUUCUGACUACUCUUAGAAUUGCAGGAAUCUUCAUUAUAUAAAAAACUGGAUCUUUAAGACCACAAACAGACUGGCUAUAUUUGAUCCCUUUUCACUUUAGCUUAGCUGUUUUUAAGAAUGGGGCCUAUUGUUUUGGAUUAUCUGAGAAUUAGAUUCACUCCUGGGAACAGGAAAUAAGAAAACAUUAAUUCGUAGCUUUUAUAUUAACCAAUAUAACAAAAAACAAAACUCACACACAAAAAAACUAAGUUGCCUUUCCUUGAAUGAACCUUGCCUGAAUAAAACGAUGAAAGAAAAAUAAAAAUAAUAUUAAUGGUAUGUAGUCUCAUUUGUAAAUGAAUGAAUAUUGAAAUAAUACACACUGUGGAUAUAUUUUAAGGCCUUAUGUAGUUUUAAUUGUUCUGCUUGUUCUGUGGUUAUGUCUAAGACUAUAGUAUAUGAUUCUCUUCAAAGUAUAUCAAGUAUUGUGAAUGCUUUGGUUCAGAUGUGUCAAAUUAACAGUAAAACAACGAAUAUACCACU